UUUAGAUGGGCCGGUGUUAGGGUGGAGAGUACAGGUGCAGUCACCUCAACACCCAUUCACCUUUCACACUCUGCCACGUAAUCAACAAUCUCUCACCAAACAUCCACUUUAAACCCACUACCGUGAUAUACAGAAGUUUUGUUGUAUAAAGCACGAAACACGACAAUUAAAUCAAUAUUUGUAUCUCGGAAGUGAUUGUUCAACAUUUACCUCGGGUGUUUUGAACACCUUGAAGCAGCGAGACUGGAGUUCCAUUGAAACAUAACUUGUAUGACCAGGGUUUUGUGGAACUUGUGAUUAUGCGCCUACGGCGAGUAUGGGGACGGCACAAGGAGAAGAUACUUGUAGCAGGCCUCUUGGCUCUUGUUUUUGUUGUCAUGGCUCCUCCAAAACCUAUACGUGACAUGGUAAUGAGAGAGGAGGAAGGUGUGGUGAUAGUAGAUGGAGUGAGGAAGAAGGACUACAAUGACUAUAUGUACCUUAAGAAAGAAGUAUUGCAGACUGGCCUAGGUGAACAUGGAAUUGGUGGAUCACUUAGCCCAGCAUUUGACAAGGAAAAGGAAGAGCUCUACAAGGUGAAUGGGUUUAAUGCUAGACUUUCUGAUGAUAUUGCAUUAAACCGUUCACUCAGUGACAUUCGUCAUCCCAAGUGUAAAAAAAAGCUGUACCUUGUAGAUCUUCCAAAUGCAGCUGUGGUAGUGCCUUUCCACAAUGAACACUGGACCACUCUUCUUCGCACUGCAUUUUCUGCUUACAACAGGUCACCAAAACACCUUUUGAAGGAAAUCAUUCUUGUAGAUGAUGCCAGUACCAAAGAUUUUCUCGGAAAGAAACUAGAUGACUAUUUAGAGGAACAUUUACCCAUUGCUCGGGUGGUUCGCCUUCCUUCUCGCUGGGGUUUGAUCCGUGCCAGACUGGAAGGAGCAAAGCACGCAACUGCAGACGUGCUCAUUUUUCUGGAUUCACAUACUGAGUGUACAACCAACUGGCUGCCACCACUAUUAGAACCAAUUGCAGUCAACUAUAAGACAGCAGUGUGUCCUUUCAUCGAUGUGAUUGACUUUGAAACAUUUGAAUACCGCGCUCAGGAUGAGGGACGUCGAGGGUCUUUUGACUGGGAAUUUUAUUACAAGAGGUUACCAGUAUUACCAGAAGAUGAAGCUAAUAUGCCGGAACCGUUUAAGAGCCCAGUCAUGGCUGGUGGAUUGUUUGCAAUUAGCUCCAAAUUCUUUUGGGAAAUUGGUGGUUAUGACCCUGGACUGGACAUCUGGGGUGGAGAACAGUACGAAUUGUCUUUCAAAGUAUGGCAGUGUCAUGGGACAAUGGUUGAUACCCCAUGUUCUAGGAUUGGCCACAUAUAUCGCAAGUUUGCCCCAUUCCCAAACCCUCGAAAAGACAACUUCAUUGCCAGGAAUUAUCGUCGUGUAGCAGAGGUGUGGAUGGACGAGUAUAAAAAAUACCUUUAUAUGAGGCAACCUGGAUGGCUACAGGUUGACACAGGAGACAUCAGUGAACAACUGGCAGUGAGGGAACGUAACAAGUGUAAACCCUUCAAGUGGUUUAUGGAAAAUGUUGCUUUUGAUCUGGCCAAACAUUACCCUCUUAUUGAGCCACCAGACUAUUGCAAUGGAACAAUCCAAAGCCUUGCAAACACCAACUUGUGUGUGGAUUCCCAGAUGAAAGGACAAUUUGACAGAUUGGACUCACUUGGGGAGUGCGGACCAAAUAUGCAGUUUCAGUUUCAACUAACUGCAUUCAAAGAUAUACGUCCCCUCAAGAGCCACAAUUGCUUUGAUGUGCCAGAUUUGAAAGGGGAAAAAGCACCUGUAUUACUUUAUGGUUGUCAUAAAGGGCUUGGUAACCAGAUGUGGAGAUAUGACAUGGAGAAUCAGUUAAUCAGGUUUGGAGGACAAGAAACUCACUGCCUUGACUCAAGCACAUCCAACAAAGAAGUGUUUGUGUCCAUGUGUGAUCUAAAUUCACAAACACAAAAAUGGAAAUGGAGUUUUGUGAACAAGGACAGGCUGAAUAAUUAUAAAAAUCUAGAUCCCAAACCAUAGGUUUUGUUACUUCAUUAUGUAUACAAGUGUGCUGCAUCUAUAAUGAAGAGUUAUCACUCACUAUAUGACUUGUACCGUAUUUAACCCAUUGCUUUAAUUCUCUUUAUAAUAUCAAAUAUAUUUUGUUCUUAAUAUCAAGGAGAUAGGUUGCAGCCCAACUCUGUCUUUACCAGCAAUACCUCCUAGGUUCCACACUAGGUAGUGGUACAAUAAUUAGGCAGCUAUAUAAAAAGCUUCUUUAUUACACAUUCCAGUGUUACACCAGUGUGCCAGUGCAGUAGUACUGUACUGUAUAAUAUUAGUUUUAUAUUACCGGUAUGUGUAUAUUGAAAAAAUAUUUUUGUAAGUGAUUUGACAAUUAUCUUUCUCUUUUACUCUUUAUCCUUCUUGCCACUUAUUAGCUUACUAGCCAGUACAAAUGGUACAGUAUAGGAGUGUUCAGUGAGGUUAUGAUGGUACAGUAUAGGACUGUUCAGUGAGGUUAUGAGGGUACAGUAUAGGAGUGUUCAAUGAGGUUAUGAUGGUACAGUAUAGGAGUGUUCAGUGAGGUUAUGAUAGUACAGUAUAGGAGUGUUCAGUGAGGUUAUGAUGGUACAGUAUAGGAGUGUUCAGUGAGGUUAUGAUGGUACAGUAUAGGAGUGUUCAGUGAGGUUAUGAUGGUACAGUAUAGGAGUGUUCAGUGAGGCGAGGUUGUUUGGACAUACUGUAUUGUGCUUUGCCCGUGCUUGACACCUUUUUCUUAGGGUGAAUGACUUCAAUUGCAUGUCAUUUAUAUUAGCAUUCUUUCUGUGAAAAGCUUAUUUUAAGAUCACAUAUUUGGGGCUUGUAUGUAGUUACUCUAAAGAAUGACAUUUAGGCAGCAUAAUGUUAUUGUAUCUGAUAUUAAAGGUAAUUUCUUGUAAUGUCCCAUGUUAUAUUUAGCAUUGUAAUAAUUAGCAAUGUUCUAAACUAGAAAUUC